UCUCAGGAGCAUGGGCGAGGCCGGCCUGGAGGGGCGAGGACCGGGUAUAUGAAGCCCCGUGGCCAGGCCCGGGCAUCCGCAGGUCCCCAGCGCGCCCCGAGCCCCUGCGCCAUGAAGCUCACCGCCGCCCCCCUGGGGCUCUGCGUGGCCCUGUUCUGCAGCUCCGCUGCUGCUUUCUUUGUGGGUUCGGCCAAGCAUGUGGCCCAGCCUGUCACUGAGCUGGAGUCGGGAGCAGAGGCUGCGGCUGGGACCCUGGCCAACCCCCUCGGCACCGCGGCCAACCCCCUCGGCAGCCUCAACCCCCUCGGCAGCCUCAACCCCCUCGGCACCCUCAACCCCCUCGGGACCCUCAACCUGCUGAAACUCCUGCUGACAAGCCUGGGCAUCCCCGUGAACCACCUCGUAGAAGGCUCCCAGAAGUGUGUGGCUGAGCUGGGCCCCGAGGCCCUGGGGGCCGUGAAGUCCCUGCUGGGGGUCCUGACAAUGUUCGGCUGAGCCGAGAGUGGAGUAGCUACACCUGAGGACAAGACGCUGCCCACCCGCGGGGCCUGAAAACCCCGCCACGGGGCGGACCGUCCCAUCCCCUUCCCCGGCCCCUCUCAAUAAACGUGGUUAAGAGCA